UCCGUCCAAGUUUGCUUUUUAAAAAAUCCAAACUUUUUCUUCUUUACUUUUUUGUUCCCCUUGCAAGAGCCACGCCGUGGAAAGACGGAGUAGUGGAGGAGGGAGAAACCCCUCCCCUUCCCCUCCUCCGUGGCUCCUUCCUCGGAAAAGAAACAUUUGGGGGGUUUCCUCCCCUCCUACCCUUCCCCUCCCUUCUGUGCCGCUCCGCUCCCCGGAGCCGAAGCCGCCGCCGCGGCGCCCGAGGAGGGCCCGGCGGGGCAGCCGCGCCGCCCCCGGAUGGAUUUUCUCUUAAGUAAAGUCGGGAAAAAACUGGGAAGUGCUGCAUCAGAACUUUUGAAUUUGGACCACUUCCAGUCCUGACAUCCAGAAGCUCAUCCCUAUGGGUGGCAAAGACAAAGAGGCUGGAUGCAAAGGAGGAAGCAUGGUAAAGGCAGCAUCUUUCCAGGAUUCAUGGGCUCUUUGAGAGAUGAUCAGAGGGAGGCCAGAUGAUCUGCACAACACACACACCACUGUUUCUCGUCUGCAAAGGCAGCAUCGCAGCGUUCUCCCCAGCCCCGCGCCACCCGGCUUGCCCGAUCGUUUCCGGAUGUUUCGCAGCUGCGAGUGGGAAGUCCUGGAACGAUCCCUCAAUAUCCUCCAGGCCAGUGACUUCUACUGGGGCCCCCUGUCUGUGGGGGAGGCUCACGCCAAGCUCCAGCGGGAGCCUGUAGGCACCUACUUGGUGCGGGACAGCUCGCAGGGGAACUGCUUGUUCAGCCUGAGCGUGCGGAUGCCCACGGGCCCCGUCAGCCUUCGAAUCUCUUUUCAGGAGGGCUAUUUCCGCCUUAAGAACUGGUUUGCAGACUGUGUGGUCCGGCUGCUGGAGCUGGUGGUGGCGGGGACCCGGAACAACCCCUUGCACUUUGAUGAGAUGGGGGGAACUCCCCUGGUCUUCUCUGAGCCCUUGUGCCGGAGCCGCCGGACAGUGCCCACGCUGCGAGAAUUGUGCUGCCGGAGCCUCCCUGCUGGUGCCGUGACGGAGGGCAGAGCAGGGCUAGGGGGCUCCCUGGGGAUGUGUCUGAGGAACGAGGUGUUCUCACCCCUGGGCAGAAAGGGAGGGUCAGAGGGGAGUGUUGGCCCCAGCCCCUCUCUGUCCUGGGCUGGGAGAUGAUGCCAUGCAUAUGGGAGAUGAAGCGAGAUGCCUCUUUUAUGGCUGUGCUGGUGGGAAAUGUGCCACACCAGUGAGGCGGGACUGGCUGCUGGGAGAGGAAGGGGGAGGGCAGAGGGACUAGAGCUUGAACCCAGUGGCUGUUGACAGAUGUGUCCUCAUACAUACACAGUGAGCAUGACUUUCCCCAGACAUGCCUGGGGUAAAGCCAGACUCGAAGAGCAGGCAUUUCCACUGCCACCACGUCUUGCUCUUUGCUCCAUUUAUAACUUAAAAGCUUCAGAAAAAGGUGAAUUGCCUGUCCUCCCAGGUCAGCCCUAUGUUCUCUUCAACCCCUAAGUGCUUGAGCUCAUUUCUGCCUCAAAAUUACCCUUGUGGAGUGCAGCUGAGUCCAGUCCCACAGCAGUGCAGCUUGGACAUCGAUGGGCGUGACCCUUGUGCUGACCCACCGAGCUGUGGUGGAGCAAGAGCACAUUUUACUUCUUGCAGCACAAAUGUGAUGCCUGUUACUUCAGAGGCCGGUGUUGUGCACAAAGUGAAACCAUUGCAGCCGUGUAUGAUACAUGCAGCUUCACUGGCUUUUGCAUUGCUUCAUUUGAUUGGAUUUUUGAGACUGAAGAUGGGUUAUGCUGUACUUAAGGGCAUGGCAUUCCUGCAGAGAUAACCCUGAUCUGGAGAGUUGUAUCUGCCCUGGGAGGGUGUGAAGAGAUGACAUCCUGCACCCUUUCUUAAGCUCAUCUGAUAGUGUGCUGCUGCCAUCUGUCGAGCAUCAGAAGAUAUUUUGGUUUUGCCUCUGAAAAGGCAAGGAAUUUUUUAUAUAAAACUUCUGAAAUUUUAAUAAAAUUUUUAUAUUGGUUU